CCUUUCUGAACAAGUGAACACAAUGAGACAGGACUGCGGAGGAAACCUCAUGUUCAGCAUGUAUCUCUCAGAUCCAACAGAAAAUCUGUUGAAAGAAAGCAAAGGGACAUCAUGGGGUCCAAUAAACACAGGAGUACAAAAAGCGGGCAGAUCCAGCUGUGGCAGUUCCUGCUGGAGCUGCUCUCCGACAGCACCAACAUGUCGUGCAUCGCCUGGGAGGGAACCAACGGCGAGUUCAAGCUCAUCGACCCGGACGAGGUGGCCCGGCGCUGGGGGGAGCGCAAGAGCAAACCCAACAUGAACUACGACAAGCUGAGCCGUGCGCUGCGCUACUACUACGACAAAAACAUCAUGACCAAAGUGCACGGCAAGAGGUACGCGUACAAGUUCGACUUCCACGGCCUGGCGCAGGUGUGCCAGCCCUCCACCACGGAGCAGGCCAUCUACAAGUUCCAGGGCAACUUCUCCCCGAUCCCCUUCUCCGGGAUUUCCAAACUGAACCUCAUGGCUCCCGGCGUGGGGCCGUCAGGUUUCUCCUACUGGCCCGGCUCCCCGACCACGGCCCUUUACCACAGCCACAACCUGCAGCCCCCGGGGCCCUUCGGCACCGUGUCCCCGUCUCACAUCAGCUGUGUCAACAACAUCAACAGCCUGAGUAACAUCAACAACCACUACAACUGACUUUUACUGCGUCUUCUCCACUCUCUGGAAGAAGAUCAACAGCACGAGUGACACGCAGCAGCGAGCGAGAGGAGAGGUUUCAAAGAGGGCAGGAAGACUGCAGGUGAAAGUAUGGUGUGGGCUAAAUAUAUUUGGUUUGUAAAAAAAUGCGUAAAAAGGACACGCAUGGGCUGUUUUUAAAGGUGAGAUUUUGGCCUAUAGACGAUGCUGAAACUACAGUUGUAUGUAAGCAUGAAACACUAUUUAGACAAAGAUGUUUUAUCUUAUUUGGGCCCACACAUAUUCCCCGACUGAUCAGUAAAUUCAUCCAGGAGGCGCCGAAAUUACGCACGUCGGUUUAACUUUUACUCGCCUUUAUUAAUAAGUACAAGUAUUGGAUUGUAUUCAUAAACAGCCCAUGUGUUUAAUUUCCCUAUUUCAUCCACAAUCUGUGAAAUUAAAUCAUGCAUAAAUAAAUGUUUUCGUGUGGAAGAGCAGUUUUCCAAAUGAACAAAUGACAGAACAUUAUUUAAGAUGAUAGUUCCAUUUUUAUCAGUUCUCAUCCUUCUGCUUCGCCUCAUCCACUCUUUGAGGUCUGGGUCUGUUUUUAUACACAAGAUGAUUGUGGGAGCAAAAUAUCAACUAUUUCUGGACUACUGGCGCCAUCUUGUGGUUUUAUGAAAUAGCCAAAUGCUCGCUGGACUUAAUAACAAAGUAAAUCUCACCACCACCACGACAAUAUCAUCUUAACCAGUCAACUUCUCAGUUUUCUUUAUUACAGAAAUUACUAACACGUCCUUCACUCACUUGCAAUAAAAUAAAAGGCCUUCACAGGUAUAGAGCUGUAAUUUGUGUGACAAGUGAAUAGUAAGAGAAACUGUGAAUCCUCUGUAAAUACCGUAGGGUGCGGACACGCUCAGGCUGUCGCUGCUUUUUAGUGAUUUUGAAGUGAAUUACAGUGCAUCCAUUCUCAUGAGCUCCUUCUGUAGCUAGAGCAACUGUACCAAUGACAAACAAAUGAAGUGAAUAAAGAUAGAUUGUUACGAUCAAGCCUCUUUAUGUCUCUGAAUUGUGCAUCAAUGAACACUUUGCUUCAUCACCAAAGCACCACCGUGCCAGUAAACACUGCACACUGUUUUAAUGUGGUACAACACUCCCCUCUAAAUGUACAACUUUAAUUGGAUCGUAUGAUAAAGCAGUGUUUGAAUCAGAUUAGAAUGAUGGGAAGUGUACAAGGCAAAAUGAGAAGAUAUAGAAAUGUUCACACACAGUGGACAGUAUGACACUGUGUUGACUUGUGAUACUGAAGGUGAGCAGGUUUGGCUGCCUCAUUUACCUACAGUGAAACUGUUGCUCCAAGCUCAGUUACAAGGCUAACAUUGUGUGUCUAUAAAUAGUGUUUAUAGAGAGAUCAUUUAUGAAUAUAUUUUAAUAUGGGAUUUUCCCCGAUAUCCAGAUGCCUAUUCUACUCUUGUUCCUCCAGUGACUCAUGACAGUCUCUGUUCUAAGGAAGGGCGACUCAACUGCACGACACAGCAGCAUCAUUAAUUCAUUUAAUUACAUGUUUAACAUAAUACAACUGGAAGAACAAAAGCUAUGACUGACAAUGCUCAUUCUCACGCUCAGUCCUUGGACACAGCACAAAAACAUUUGAGAUCUGAAUUGGCUCCAGUUAAAAACUGUAUGAUUUUUGAAGGUUAAUAGUCAAAUGAUAAGUUUGUUCUGGACUGGAGUAUUCAAUCUGAAAAGCUAAAUCUAGGAAUUAGCAUUUUUGGUUUGCGGUAUUUUAUGGAUUUAGUCAAUACUCUGUAUCAUACUUGUGUUUUUGUACCUUUUCUGUGGUACUUGGCUGCAGCUGAAGCUCAUGUAGCACAGAGCUGUGCCACAGUGUGACACUGGAUAUUGUUUUCCACACGAGGGCGCCAUACCUCUUCCAACAAACAGUGCCCUGUUUACAUAACUCAGUGACAGCAAUGUUGGUCCAUUAUAGAACACAGAGGCGUCUGCAGAGAGGAGAUUAACCCCAAACCUCUUUCUGUGACAGUGCAACAGAGACUUAAAGUGCGUGUGAGUGCGUGAGUGUGUGGGGGGUAACUCAUUCACUUAUUCACCACAGUAGUGUUUGUGUGUGUGUGUCCUGCAUAUUAAAAUGAAAGAAGUGGGGUUGCUAUUGACAACUGAAUCCCUCUGUCACACAUACACACACUUGUCUCUCUAUA